AAUUCCAGAAGGCGGAUGCCUAAAGAACAGAAUGCUGCGCAUGCGCCGUAACGCAGACGGAUUCCCCAUCUCCAGCAGUAGCAACACGCCGCGCAUGCGCAUUUGAGCUUUCAAGCGGCCAGCGGAUCCUUGUGUGUUCCUAUCAGCGCUCCGGAACCGGCCGCGCACCUGAGGGAGGGGAAGAAGAAGAAGGAGGAGGUGGGACGGCGGCGGCUGCGGCGGGAUUGGAUUGGAAGUGCCCCCCCUUGCCCAGCAGUGACAGGAGCUGCUGUUUGGAGGGGGAAGAGCCCCGGUGACAGGAGGGAGGGGUCUGCGACUCCUCCCCGCUCUGCCCUGGCGGCCCUGCCGGCUCGGUGUGUGUUUGGGAACAGCCGGUUGUCAUGUAGGCCCCUGAAUUGAUUUGAUCCUCACCGGCACCUGUCCAUUCAUUCAUUCCCCCGAGAGAUGGUGGACGUCGGCCUUAGUGCGUCCGGCGACAGCGCCAGAAGAAAAAUGGACGCCUUUGCAGACUGCACUGUGGAAGUGGUGCCACUUGAUAUGUACGACUCCUUCAGGGCUAAGAUUGCUGCUAAUUUACAGUGGAUUUGUGCAAAAGCCUACGGAAUAGAUAAUGUCCCAGAGGAGCUGAAGGACCCUUUCUAUACAGAUCAGUACGAGCAGGAGCACAUUAAGCCACCUAUCAUCAAGCUGCUACUCUCCAGCGAGCUUUAUUGUCGGGUCUGCAGCCUCAUUCUGAAAGGGGAUCAGGUGGCCGCCUUGCAGGGUCACCAGCCCGUCAUUCAGGCUUUAUCUCGGAAAGGGAUUUACGUCAUGGAGAGCGAUGAUGCACCUGUGUCCGAAUCUGACCUCAGCUGCUCUCCAAUCAAAAUGAGUGCCCACAUGUCUAUGAUCGAUGCCCUUAUGAUGGCGUACACAGUGGAGAUGAUCAGCAUUGAGAAAGUGGUUGCUAGCGUCAAACGCUUUUCUACAUUCAGUGCCUCAAAGGAGCUGCCGUAUGAUCUAGAAGACGCUAUGAUUUUUUGGAUCAAUAAGGUGAAUCUGAAAAUGAGGGAGAUUUUAGAGCGAGAACAAAGGAUAAAACAACAAGUAAUAGAAAGUCCAAGCCAUCCAAAGUCUCCUUCAAAAUGGUAUUGGAAAUUAGUACCUGUACGUUACCGACGAGAUCAUCCCUCAAACAGGCACCUGCCUUACUUUCCUAUACUUGAAGAUCUAGUCAAGGACAUUAGCGACGGGGCAGCACUUCUUACAGUGAUACACUUCUACUGCCCCGAGCACAUGAAACUGGACGAUAUCUGCUUGAAGGAAGUUACGUCGAUGGCAGACAGUCUGUACAAUAUUCAGCUUCUUAAAGUGUUUUCCAGUGAAUAUUUAAACAAGUGUUUCUAUCUAACCUUGGAAGACAUGUUGUACUCCCCAUUAGUUCUGAAGCCCAACGUCAUGGUUUUUAUAGCUGAGCUUUUCUGGUGGUUUGAGAAUGUAAAGCCUGAUUUUGUUCAUCCCAGAGACACGCAAGAGCUUAAAGAAGCUAAAAUUGUGACGCAUCCAAAAAGUCGUCCCCAAGUUCCGAUUUCUAACGCAACUAAGCGCAGCUUUCUGGCUAGCCCGGGCAGUACAGCUGAUUCUCAGGCAGCAGCUGCAUCUGACUCUUGCAGCAGGAUUUAUCUACAGCCCGAGGAUGCAGAGAACGGAAAGGGAUGCUCAGUCUUCAGCCCAUCACACCCAUUAUUGCCUUUGAGACAAAAACAGCAGAAGUCUGUCAAGCCAGAAGAGAGUCCAAAUCACAGUGAUCGGGCUAACUCACUGACACGGGCUGACGGACAGCCUAUGGCCUCCAUUAUUGCCUGGCAAGAGAAAAAGCCAAGACCCCUUUCUCAGCCAUUUGUCCUCCACCAUGCAGCAGAUGAUGUAGAUGCAACAUCCGGGGAUAGCAUUAGCCUUGCCAGAUCUAUCAGCAAGGACAGCCUAGCCUCAAACAUCGUCAACCCAACUCCAAAGCAUCAGUCCUAUCCAACACCUAUGAAGAUUGGAUCCAGGAGCUUACUGGGCAAUGUUGAUAUAGAAGACGACGAUGAGGAAGAACUUGUUGCAUUCAUCAGGUCAGAUGAUGCAUCGUGUCCAGGAGACCUUGAGCUGCAGAGCGUCUCCUCCAGGGCUUCAAGUCAAAUGAGCACGUCAAGGUUGAGAAGGCCGGCAGAUUUAGAGAGCAAGCCAGAUAGUUUCUUCUUAGAGCCGCUAAUGCCUGCAGUGUUGAAACCGGCUAAAGAAAAACAGAUGGUUCCCAAAAGUGAAGAGUAUGGGGAAGGAAAACAAAAAGGGUUUCCUUCAAAAAGGCAAAAUGAUGGUAACCAAUCUUUUUCACGGAAAAAGUUAAUCAAUAAUCACACUGGACAUGACUUGAAUAGAACUUUUACUCCACUUUCUAGUGGGGAGUCUGCAUGUGUAACUAUCCCUUUAAGAACAGACCCUGCACAGCUUUCCAUAGAGAAUGGGAAUGGUACCUUCAGGCCUCUUGCUAUGUGUAGUGUGGAGACAAGUGAGCCUGUCGGGGGAUUCUUUCUUCAUGAUAUUAACACUGAUGAUGAUGAUGAUGAUGAUGAUGCUGAGGACAAGCCCAGCAUGAGCAAUUUAAUAAUGGAGGACCCUCAUAAGCCAGACACCACGUGGACAGUAUUAAGACCAGAUUCUGACAAUUUAGAUGUAGGUGGAUGUGAAGAAGUUGCUGUUUCCCACCCAGUGGGUAAAUACAUAGGUGAGGAGGAGUCUGCUAAGCUGCAAGAAGACCUGAAGGUUAAAGAGCACGAUGACAAAGACGAUGCAAGCGGACGCUCCAGCCCAUGCUUAAGUACCAUUUCCCAAAUCAGCAGUUUAUCCAUGGCUAGUGGGAGCGUCCGAAUGACUAGCUUUGCCGAGCGCAAAUUUCAAAGGCUUAACAGCUAUGAAACCAAGUCUAGUACUAGCAGCUCCCAGAAGACGACUCCUGAUGGAUCUGAGUGCUGUCCUCUUCCACUGACAACCUGGAAACAAAGGAGAGAACAAAGCCCUGGCCGUCAAAACAAAGAUCAUGCCAAUGUUAUAGCUUCUGAGCUAGUCCAGCUUCACAUGCAGCUAGAGGAGAAGAGGCGCACAAUCGAGGCUCAGAAGAAAAAGAUGGAGUCUCUGUCUGCCAGGCAACGAUUAAAAUUGGGUAAAGCGGCCUUCCUGCAUGUUGUGAAAAAAGGAAGACCAGAAACUAUAGCUCAGCCGUUGAAGCCAGAGCAUGGCUUAAAGGAGUACACUAAACGGACACCCGAGGAUAUAGACACUGUUUCUGUAAACGCUAAAGUGGAGCAAUACUUGGAGACCAUAGACCCUGGAACUGUGAGCAGUGAUGUUAAAAUUCAUGAAGCCUUUGCAGACCCCAAACAGAAAGCCCCCGCCUUGUUAGAAGCAGAUAUAUGCAAUUUAAUCACAAACGCUAAUCCUGAGGAUAUAGACUCUGAAAUCGAUGUCAACGAGUGUGAUCUUUCUAUUGAAAAGCUGAAUGAAACCAUCAGCACACUGCAGCAGGCGAUAAUGAAAAUAUCCCAGCAACAAGAGAUGCUAAUGAAGGCACCCUCCAUGGCUGUCCUUCCUCUCCCCAGCAAUGCCCAAGACCAUAAACUAAAGCCUUCAGUACAGUUUGUUGAACCUAUAUCGCCGCCUGAGGUGCUGAAUGCACGGAAAACACCGCGUUUCGGUCAGGGGCGCAACCCUCGGUCAUUGCGAGCAACUGAGCAAAAAAUGGCAAAAGAAAAAAUACAGAGUUCUUCUCGUGUGAUAACCCCAACCAACAGCAUAGAAACAGUGCCCCAUUUAAAAUCUGUGCAACCCCUAAAAUCCCCCAGUGUAACUACUGAUGAACCCCCCAUGGAUGUUGUACCAGAACAACUAAGUGCUUCCCAGGAUAAACCAACAACAACAGGGGAGUUCAGACUGCAUGAUGAGAAUAAUCAAAGGACAUUUGUUCUGUCUAUGUCCAAAGAUGCCAAUAUUAUUUCUGAGCAGAUGCACCAAGAAGCUAUGAGCAGUCUGAGAUUAGCCGGAGUAAGUACUUCAGAAGGCUCAGGGAAAGAAAAUGUCCCGGUCGAUGAACAACUUAAAAGCAAAAGCAGCCUCAUCGAGGUGGAUCUCUCUGAUCUUAAAGAACCCGAAGAAGAAGGAGAAGAGACCGAUCACCCUGAAAAAACCAAGGACAUCAUUAGCGAUGACCAGAAAUCGGGUUUGGGAUUUUUCUUCAAGGAUGAACAGAAAGCUGAAGACGAGCUGGCAAAGAAACGUGCAGCCUUUCUGAUGAAGCAGCAGCGCAAAGCUGAAGAGGCACGGCACAGAAAGCACCAGCUGGAGGCUGAAGUUGAACAGAAACGUGACGAAGCUCGUCGCAAAGCUGACGAAGACCGAAUACGAAAGGACGAAGAGAAGGCCCGGAGAGAGCUCAUCAAGCAGGAAUAUCUCCGAAGGAAGCAACAACAGAUUCUGGAAGAACAGGGGCUUGGCAGGCCGAAGCCUAAACCGAAACCCAAGAAAACUCGCCCCAAAUCUGUCCAUCGAGAAGGAUCAUACAGUGACUCUGGAACUAAAUAUUCCUCUACACCUGAUAAUUUAAGCAGUGCUCAGUCUGGAUCAAGCUUGUCCUUGGCCUCAGGUGCUACUACAGAAGCUGAGAGUGUGCACUCAGGAGGGACCCCAUCACACAGAGUGGACUCCGUGGAUGCUCUUUCAGGAAUGGGCAGGCACCAGAGCAGGAAUGCAGAACGAGACUGGGAGAAUGCAUCAACUGCAUCUUCUAUUGCGUCUGUAGCAGAAUAUUCAGGUCCCAAACUGUAUAAAGAGCCAAGCAGCAAGUCGAAUAAACCAAUUAUUCACAACGCUAUAGCCCAUUGCUGUCUAGCAGGAAAAGUCAAUGAGGCAAUAAAAAAUUCAACCUUGGAGGAGCUAGAGAAGUGCGACUCCAACCACUACAUUAUCCUUUUCCGCGACGCCGGCUGUCAGUUUCGAGCACUUUACUCCUACUACCCAGACACCGAAGAGAUCUGUAAACUGACGGGGACUGGCCCGAAGAACAUCACCAAGAAGAUGAUCGAUAAAAUUUACAAAUACAGCUCGGACAGAAAACAGUUUACCGUGAUCCCGGCCAAAACCAUGUCGGCCAGCGUGGACGCGCUGACUAUCCAUAACAAUUUGUGGCAAGCCAAGAGGCCCGCCUUGCCAAAGAAAAAUCCCUUGUGCAAGUAACACCUGCUGGGCAGAUGAAUCUCUGGUUUAGAGAGAGCAAAAUGUUAACUUUAUUUUCACCCGUGGAUACAAAUUCUGCUGCACUUUGAAUGUUUUUCUCUCUUUUUUUUUUCUUCAAGGGAAUUUUAAGGCUAAAUCCCACUUGCUGUUUCAGACCUCUCCAGCACCAAAACUGAUAGAACUGAAGGAAAUCAAAAUCAGUGUUCAUCCCUCUUGUGUUUCGUUUGUUGCUGCCUCCUGUUUUCUCCCUGAAUGAAUGGGUGAUUAUGUGCUGUGAAUCUCAACAUGGAUAAUAAUUCCAUGGAAGGAAGACGUUGCAUGCAACAAGAGUCGCUAUCCAGUGGACUUACUUUUACUUGAAGUGCUCCCCAUACAUCUAUAAACCCGCGGCGUCUCCCGUCGGAAACAAAAUUGGAAUAGAGUCGCUGACGGGUUUCGGUCAGCGGGAGAUUUAAACAGACCAUAAUAAGCCCCUUUAUAUUUUAGAAUUGAAAGAUAGUAUAUGAGCCCGGAAUAUUAAAUAGUACACACAUUUUAUUUCUUUUGUUUUUCUUUAGUGCAGUGAUGCUUGGUGGCAGAUUUAUUAAUGGGCAGAUUUAUCAAAGGUCAAAUUUCUAAUCUAUGUGAAUUAUUUUACUCUA